UAUAGCUACUGUGAAGUCUGUGAGGAUUGAAAUAGUAGUGCUAGUACAUAAAUGAAAAUGGGUUGUUUUUGUAUCAGGCUAAUACAAAGAGGUUAUGAAGAUCCUGCCACUCUAUCAGCACAAACACAUUUUACAGCGAAAGAAGUGAAGGCCCUGUUUGAACUUUUCAGCAAAAUAAGCAGUUCUGUUAAAGAUGAUGGCUUUAUCAGUAAAGAAGAAUUCCAGAUUGGGCUGUUUAGAAACAGCAAGAAACAGUCUUUCUUUGCAGACAGGAUGUUCAAGUUGUUCGAUUCCAACAACGAUGACCUGAUAGACUUCGGGGAGUUUGUUCGUGCUUUAAGUGUUUUUCAUCCUGCUGCUUCCUUGGAAGAGAAAUCUGAUUUUUUGUUUCAACUAUAUGAUGUAUCUCAUGUUGGCUUCAUUGAACAUCAAGGGGUCAGGAAAAUGAUUGUGGCACUUCUGCAUGAGUCAGAAUUGUCACUUCCUGAUGAUAUUAUUGAAGCUAUUAUCAACAAGACUUUUGAGGAAGCAGACACUAAUGAUGAUGGAAGGAUAGAUGCAGAAGAGUGGAAGGAUUAUGUAUCUGGGAAUCCAUCUUUGUUGAAAAACAUGACAGUUCCUUAUUUGAUGGAUAUCACAAUUGCAUUUCCUAGCUUUAAGAUGAAACCAGAAGCCAAUGAUGAGACAAGGAGCGACUUCUAAAUUGUGGAACUGAAGUGCAAUAUAUUGUACAUCUGUAUCAUAUACGUAGUAUAAUAUCUAUACAUACAUCUGAACAUUGUAUGCAAACUAUAGAUUUUAGUAAAAACAAAUUUCACUACUAGUUCGGCAUGAAAUUUCACUACCGAAACAUGGAAGUCCGUAGUAGUUACUUCUAUGUGGAGAAUAAAAAUAUGAUAGUUCUAUUUUGAAAUAUGC